CAGGACCAUGAACACAACUUGCAACAGCAGCACGUGGCAUGAUUCGCUCAACUACGUCUUCUGCGUCUACUCAGUCUUGCUGCUGGUGCUGGGCCUGCUACUCAAUGGCCUGGCACUCUGGGUAUUCUGCUGUCGCAUGCACCAGUGGACGGAGACCCGAGUCUACAUGACCAACCUAGCUGUGGCCGACCUCUGCCUGCUCUGUUCCUUGCCAUUCAUGCUGUACUCCCUGAAACAUACUUCAGACACACCAAUCUGCCAGCUCUCACAGGGCAUCUACCUGGUUAACAGGUACAUGAGCAUCAGCUUGGUCACUGCCAUUGCCGUGGACCGCUACGUGGCGGUGCGGCAUCCGAUACGUGCCCGUGAGCUUCGGUCCCCACGACAGGCUGCUGCAGUGUGUGUGGCCCUCUGGGUGGUAGUCGUUACCUCCCUGGUAGUGCGCUGGCGUCUGGGGCUGCAGGAGGGUGGUUUCUGCUUCAGGAGCAACACCCGGCACAACUUCAGCACCAUUAGCUUCUCGCUCCUAGGCUUCUACCUGCCACUGGCCAUAGUGGUCUUCUGCUCUUUGCAGAUUGUGACUGCGUUGGUGCAGAGGCCAACCACUGAUGUAGCGCAGGCAGAGGCCACCCGCAAGGCCACCCGCAUGGUCUGGGCCAAUUUGGCUGUGUUUAUCUUCUGCUUCCUACCACUGCAUGUGGUCCUGACUGUGCAGGUCUCCCUGGGCCUGAACACCUGUGCUGCCCGUUACACCUUCAGGCGUGCCCUGUCCAUCACAAGCAGACUCUCAGACGCCAACUGCUGCCUGGAUGCCAUCUGUUACUACUACAUGGCCAAGGAGUUCCAGGAUGCAUCCAUGUCAGCCAAGCCCUCCGAUACACCCCACAAGAGCCAAGAUUCUCAGAGCUUGACCCUCACAUAAAAGUGAACAUGUACCAUGGACCAGAGGAAUCUGCGAUGUUAGCAAGAAGACCCCAAAUCAGCCUGCAGCUGAUGUGGGUUUUGAACACUCUAGGAAGCUCAGGUGUCCUGAAGAGGCUGCAUUGGCUCCCCAGAAGGGACCAGACAACUGAGAUUCUAAAGACCAACGUGAAAGACCCUGGGACAAGAUCACAUACAUGCCACCCCAGACUAGGACCCCAAGGCACCAGAAUGGGGCCUUGGUGGCCAAUCACUGGGUUUAGAACAGAGCCCUCUCCUGGAGUUGGUCCUGGCAGGGCCCUUGGUGUCACAGCCACCAAGGCUGUGGCGAGAGGCAAAGAAAGAGAAUACAGCUCAAAGAGCCAGGAGACAUCUGCUGAGAGGACCCUCUAAUGGCUGCUUCCUUUAGGGACCUCCAGACUUCAUGCCUCCUGUAGGGUUAGGCAGGAGGGCAGUAGCUAUGGUCUGGAAGGCUGUCAUCUGUGGCACAUGACUGUUGAGGUUGCUCAGGCUCCGUAUUUAGGGGGAUACCAGCUCCGAAUACCUAAUGGUCAUGAAGCCAUGCUCAUGGGUAACACACUGCUGUGGAAGCCAUGGGCCUCUUAGUGGUGUUUCCAUUCUAUAGUGGGCCUGUUGAUCACAAGGCUGAUGGCUGUGGUAGGGUCUGCUGGAGUUUGUUAUGAGGAAGAUUGACGUUUGGCCUGGUACCUGCACUCUCCGGGGGUGUGGCCUUAGGCUGCAAAGGACUCUAGAGACAAGAAUCAUCUACAAAGUCAGCUCGGGCUGGAGAAAUGGCUCAGAGGUUAAGAGCCCGGGAUGCUCUUCCAGAGGUUCUGAGUUCAAUUCCCAGCAACUGCAUGGUGGCUCACAACCAUCUAUGAUGAGAUCUGGUGCCCUGUCCUGGUAUGCAGGCAGAACACUAUAUACAUAAUAAAUAAAUCUUAAAAACAAACAAACUGACCAAAACCAGCUCAGAGCCAGAGCACAGAGCACAUUUGGAGGUGUGAUAGCCCUCGGCUUUCUCCCUUUGUCUUGGCCCAAAUGCUGCAGCCAGAGCUCCUCCACCCGGGGGUUGCUCCCCUCCCCCCACUUCAUCCAGCUCUUAUUGCCUAACCAUCCUCUAUUUUGGUGGCUCCAUCACUGAAAAGCCCCACUCUUGUCAUGGGUGACAACUCACAAAAACUGCACCACUACAUCAUCAACCCUUAGGAAACUUCCACCUGGACAUCUGCUCUAGACAAGACGCAGACAUGAGUCUGAGGGAGUGGUGGCGGGAACCUCAGGUCUGCUGACCCUCAUGUCCCUCUAAGAGGGACAUGCUAACACUUUACCACAAACACCAAUCUGUUUAGCAAAGCAGUAUUUUGCUUCUUUCAUUACCAUGACUAUGGGCGAUGGCGGUCAGUGGAUCACAGCAGUGGUCUCCCUGCUCAUGGAUGAUGAUCAUGCUAAGCUCAUGGCUGAUGAUCAUGCUAAGCUCAUGGCUGAUGAUCAUGCUAAGCUCAUGGCUGAUGAUCAUGCUAAGCUAGAGGAAACGCCUUUCCUAUCACACUCAACCACUCUUCCUUCAUCUCCUCCUUCCUUUCCACCAUCUACAAUAUUCUCUGAGCUUUCACCUUGGAAAGGAUGAUGCAUCUAUAUGGUAUAAAAAUACAUAAUAUACCUGUGUGUGCCUGUGAUUCUUUUCUGAGUAGUGUGCCUCUAGACUG